GAAAAACCCGUGUCAGUAAAUACACAGGAAUCCGCAGCUUGUCUCUCAAUCAUCGCCUCCCCACAGAGCAAGAAGACAAAAAUCGAAGUCCUCUUCUUGUUAAUGGUGUAGCCCCUCAGUCCAUCGGAAACAGACAAACCCACCAUCUUUAAUCAGAUCCAAACUCCUUGCGCAGCCUCCUCCGUUCAUCCCCUGCACUGCCUCUGUGCUCUGUUUCAGCAAAGCUUCUUCCUUUCCCUGAAACAGUACCAAUGGCGAGGUGUUUCAGCUUCACCGCCACGAGGGACCAGUGCUUCCGGCUGUCGUUCUCGCAGUCGGGACUCAAGUCGACGUCGACGGACCUCGGCGAGGGGACUGUGAUGCACUGCUGGGUCCCCAGGAGGCGCCAGCAAUCAAAGCCGAACCUGCUGCUCCUGCACGGCAUGGGGGCCAACGCAAUGUGGCAGUGGAACGAGUUCAUCUCCCCGCUGGUAUCGCGGUUCAACCUCUACGUGCCCGACUUGGUGUUCUUCGGGGAGUCCUACACCUCCCGGCCCGACCGCACCGAGGCCUUUCAGGCACAGUGUGUCGCAGGAUUGAUGACAAAGCUCGGAGUCGAUACGAUGAACGUGGUGGGGAUAAGCUACGGUGGGUUCGUGGCCUACAGUAUGGCUGCCCAGUUCCCUGAGAGAGUCGAGAAGCUGGUGCUGUGCUGCGCGGGAGUGUGCAUGGAGGAGAAGGACAUGGACGAGGGGAUGUUCAAGGUUAAGAGCGUUGAUGAAGCAACCUCGAUACUACUGCCGCAGACCCCCGACAAGGCCAGGGAACUGGUCAACCUCUCGUUCUACAAGCCCGUCAAGACGAUGCCCUCUUGCUUUCUCCAGGACUUCAUUGAGGUGAUGUGCACUGAGCACCUUCAAGAAAAGAAGGAAUUGAUCCAGGCACUUCACAAGGACAGAAAACUGUCUAAUCUCCCUAAGAUAGACAAGUCACCACUCAUAAUCUGGGGCGAAUAUGAUCAAGUAUUCCCAAUAGAAUUGGCUCACAGAUUGAUAAGGCAUGUGGGCAAGGAUGCAAAGCUAGUGGUGAUAAAGGAUGCAGGACAUGCAAUCAAUGCGGAGAAGUCGAAAGAGAUGUUUAGGCACUUGAAGUCUUUCCUUAUUGAUCCACUCCCCCCCUCUAAGUUCAAGAGUGAGGUGAACGGGCACAAGGCCGAUUGAAGCUCUUGGGAAGAUUUUUGCAGUCUCCUCGAUUCUCAAUCCUUUGAGACCAAGACAUAAGUCAUAUGGAUGGAUGGCACUGAUAAAGUGAGCUUGUAGUGAUGUAAUUAGCAGGAGCAGAAGAUUUGUGAAGCAGAUGAGAUUGCAGCAUAUAUAACGAGGAAUAUACAUACUCAUUAUAUGAAUGGACAAAACUUUUACUGUACUUUCUGAUAGCAGAAAGGUAAAACUCCAGUUUUGGUAUCAAGAUACCUUUUGUAUGAUGUUAAGAAUGUAUAAGGCAGUUCCUUUAAAUCAAAAGCUGCAUAAUAUGUUGGGGUGUUA